AUGGCAACAUCGUACGACGCAACCACAACAGCUUCCGAGCUUGCGGACCAUCUGUCUGCUGAUAUAAAGGGGAAAGUGGUCCUCACAACUGGGCCCUCACCAGCCAGCAUUGGCGCGAUGUUCGUGGAAUCAAUUGCGCGCGGCCUGCCAGCCCUAAUCAUCCUCGCUGGACGCAGCACGACAAAGCUGCAGCAAACGGCCGGUGCAAUUGCCCAGGCACAGCCGGUUGUCAAAGUGCGCUUGCUGCAUCUUGAUUUGGGCUCUCUGGCUAGUGUACGAGAAGCUGCGAGGGAGUUGGCUAGCUGGGAAGAUGUCCCGCGAAUUGAUGUACUCGUCAACAAUGCAGGCAUCAUGGGCACGAAGUUCGCUCUCAGCCCAGAGGGCGUCGAGAGCCAAUUUACGACAAACCAUCUCGGACACUUCCUCCUCACGAAUCUGAUCAUUGGAAAGAUUCUGAAGUCGGACACACCGCGGGUUGUUAAUGUUAGUAGUGAUGGGCAUAGAUUAAGUCCAAUCAGGUGGGCGGAUUAUAAUUUUCAGGAAGGAGAGAUCUAUAACAAAUGGCUUGCGUACGGACAGUCCAAGACUGCUAAUAUGCUGAUGGCUGUCUCGUUGGCGGAGAAACUAGGAUCUAGGGGGCUUCUGGCGUUUAGUCUGCACCCCGGUGUCAUCAUUAGUACUUCCAUCUCAGGUGGACUUGAUAAUAUGGAUGAAGAUCUUGCUGCAUUGAAAGCUCUUGACAGGAUGCUCGGAAAUGCAGAGGGCUGGCGCGAUUUCAAAGUGAAGACGAGACAGCAAGGAGCUGCGACCACGGUAUAUGCUGCAUUUUAUCCUGGCCUAAAAGAAAGUAACGGGGCAUAUCUGCAGGACUGCCAUGUGGCUGACCCUUGGACGGACACGGUCAAGCCAUGGGGUACGGACAAGGUGGAAGCUGAAAGACUGUGGAAGUUGAGCGAGAAGCUGAGUAUGGAAUGGACGGUAGAAGCUGGGUUGUUGGCGGGCGGAUACGGGAAAAGUCUACAGAUGUGCAUUCAGAAACCCAAAACUGGAGAUCACUACUUUCAUUUCGUGAUCUAUGGAGAAAACCAACUUGUGCCAGGCAACAACACCAUUCGCAUCCCAUCAGUUCGCAUGACAAUGGCAGACGAUAUCACCCACUUCCGAUCAAUACCUUGGGUAUCCGACCUCCUGAACGAUCCCACCUUCGUUACCCACCCAAUUCCCUCUCGAAAGAUCAAAGCCAGCACAGAAGACAGCCUCUUCUCUACAACGCUCAACUCCCGCUCUACCAUCUCCUCAUGCCUCCUCCAAUACCGCAUUUUAUCAUCAAACGCCACGCCUCUAUACCGGAACGCCAUACCGACGAACGAAGUUCGCAUCUUCUGCACCCUUGGUUCUGAUCUCAAUGGUUACCCCGGGAUUCUGCAUGGCGGCAUCGUAGCGACAUUGUUGGACGAGUUCAUGGGUCUGAUACUGAGUAUGAGUCGGGCUGGUGGAGAGCCAGGUAUGGAGGGCCCGGUCACAGCGUAUUUGAAUACCAGGUUUGUUAGGCCGGUGAUGACGCCGGGAACGGUGGUGGUUUCGGGCAGGAUUGUGGAGGCCAAAGAGGAGAGAAAGUGGAAGAUCGUGGGGAAUAUCAAGGAUACUAGUAACAAGACGUCUCCGGCCUGGCCCCAGUAUAUGCCAAGGAUUAGCCAUGCAACAGCUCUGCUGCUGUCGACAGCAACUGAGAGCUUCUUAAAGGUUGAGCUCCAGAUGCCUGCUCUAUUAAUCUUGGCUCUUGCUCUCCUACUAGUUUGCCUGUCGAAUAUGAUCGGCAGCUACUCUAGUUUUGCUGCCGCAGCCACUUUCCACCUUGACUCCGGCAUUUACUUUUCCGGCAUCGGCUUUGAACAACCUUGCUUUGGGAAUGCUGGCAAUUGCUUGGAAAGGGCCCUUGGAAAGGGCAAGCCUCGCGGGUUAAAAAAAAACUUGGGUUUAAUCUAG